UGAGUGUUGAUGAUUGGCUGAUGGGAGAUGAGAGUCUGGAGGCUUGCGCUUCAUACCCGUGUUCGUGUGUUUACACUCAGUACUCGAGACACAGACGAGCGGCAGUGUCAGGACUAUGGCGCUCCACAGAUAACAGCGGAGACCUCACAACUAUGGCAUUAUAUUUAACGCUUAAGGACAACUUUUUCUACUCGCCCCAAGAGGAAUAAAGCUGUCAAGUACUUUUGUUUUCGAUUCGUUCGCGGAAAAUUCAGUUGUUGUCAAAGAGUACCAGAGAAAAGGCGUUCGCUCGUUCAGUGGAGUUGUGAAUGAGAUGAACUUUACGCAGGUUGUUGGCUAUUUUGUGUUUCACUACGGACGAGGACUGCAGUGUGCCUGACUGAACGUUUUUGUAACUGUAAUUAAAAAAAAUUGUCGCGUCCUGAUUUGGGGAAAUAGGUUUUGUUGCAAACCUUUUUGUAAGUUUGUGAAGUUUAAGGAGGAACCCGCCUCCACGUUUCACACUAUUUGAAGUAUCCUUCGCAGAGGAUUCAGCGAGACUUCAGCCGACUGGAGCGAGAGCACCUGGGGGGCAUUUGGCAGUAGCGUGACCGGGUGAAGAUGCUCUCAGCGUGGAUACACCGCGACCAGUCUCCCGCCUCCCUGCUCGGUUUAGUUCUACUCUGCGCAACCUUUGUGAUCCAUGCAGAUGGCAGCGAUUACAGCGAAGUUCUCCCGGACUCAUUUCCGUCUGCCCCGGCCGAACCGUUGCCGGAAUUCCAGAGUGAGCCAGAGGACGCCUUCAUAGUGAAAAACAGACCUGUCAAACUUUCCUGCAAGGCUGCUCCGGCCACGCAGAUAUACUUCAAAUGCAACGGAGAAUGGGUGAACCAGAAUGACCAUGUGACCAAGGAGAGUCUGGACCCUAUCACAGGUCUAGUAGUGCGAGAAGUAGAUAUCUCUGUCUCCCGGACGCAGGUAGAGGAGUUGUUUGGACUGGAGGAUUAUUGGUGCCAGUGUGUUGCCUGGAGCUCGGCAGGCACCACAAAGAGCCGGCGGGCUUACGUCCGCAUCGCCUACCUAAGGAAGAACUUUGAACAGGAGCCACUUGGCAGGGAAGUGCGUCUGGAGCAGGAAGUCUUGUUGCAGUGUCGUCCACCAGAGGGCAUCCCGCCUGCUGAGGUGGACUGGCUGAAGAACGAAGAGCUCAUUGACCCGGCACUGGAUUCUAACUUUCUAAUUACCAUCGACCAUGACCUAAUCAUCAAGCAGGCUCGACUUUCUGACACGGCUAACUACACCUGCGUGGCUCGCAAUGUUGUCGCUAAGCGACGUAGCAGCACUGCCACACUCAUCGUCUACGUGAGUGGGGGCUGGUCAUCCUGGACAGAGUGGUCAGAGUGCAAUGCUCAGUGUGGGCGGGGUUGGCAGCGACGGACACGCAGUUGCACUAAUCCAGCACCGCUCAAUGGAGGAGCCUUCUGUGAUGGCCCGCCAUUCCAGAGAGUCACCUGCACCACCCUCUGUCCAGUGGAUGGAGGCUGGACGGAGUGGGCCAAGUGGUCAGCGUGUGGGACAGAGUGCACACACUGGCGAAGCCGUGAAUGUCAGGCGCCACCGCCACGUAACGGAGGACGUCACUGCAGCGGCAGCAUGAUGGAGAGCAAGAACUGCACCGAGGGACUUUGUGCCCGCAAUAAAAAGGUUUCUAUUGAACAAGCAAACCAUCCUCUGGGCUCCGGCGCUGGUUUAGCAGUGUACGCAGGACUGGUGGGGGCAUUGCUGCUGUGUGUGAUCCUCGUGCUGUGUGUGGGCAUCCUGGUCUAUCGCCGGAGCUGCCGUCAUCUUCACGGUGAAAUCACAGAUUCGUCCUCGGCCCUUACCGCUGCCUUCCACCCCGGCAACUACAAACCUCCACGACAAGAUAAUCCACACCUACUGCAUCCGACAGCCCCUCCUGACCUCACAGCCAGUGCCGGAACCUUCCGCGGGCCGCUUUUCUCACUGCAGCAGGCCACCCUGGACUCUCAGCAUAAGAUCCCCAUGACUACGUCUCCCCUGUUGGACCCACUUCCUAGCCUGAAGAUAAAGGUGUACAACUCCUCUACCAUGUCCUCCCUCGAGCUGCCAGCAGGCCCGGGCUCUACUGAUGGGGAGAUCAUGAGCCUGAAGACCGUGGGCUCUGGACCUAAAGACCACCACGGGCAUACGCUGCCUAGGGAGCCCAGUCACAGUGCAAGCGCCACACUAGGCUCUCUUGGUGGUCGUCUCACCAUACCUAAUACAGGGGUGAGCCUGCUGGUUCCACCAGGGACGAUUCCUCAGGGCAAGUUCUACGAGAUGUAUCUCAUUAUUAACAAAUGGGAGAAAACAACGUUGCCGUCAGAUGGUAGUCAGACGGUAUUAAGUCCGGUGGUGAGCUGUGGGCCCUCUGGCAUGCUGCUGAGCAGACCUGUAGUCCUCACUCUGCCUCACUGCGCCCAACUAGAGCUCCCAGACUGGACCCUCACCCUCAAAAUGCAGAACCAUCAAGGCGCCUGGGAGGAGGUGCUGACUGUGGGAGAGGAGAGUCUGUCAACACCAUGCUAUCUACAGGUGGAGGAGCAAAGCUGUCAUAUUCUGAUGGAGCAGCUGGGGACGUAUGGUCUGGUGGGACAGUCGGCUCCCCCUCGGCCAGCCUGUAAGAGGUUGCAGUUGGCUCUCUUUGCUCCCCGGGCUCCGUGCCUCUCCUUGGACUAUAGCCUGAGGGUCUACUGCAUACAGGACACCCCACAUGCCCUUAAGGAAGUAUUAGAGGUUGAGCGAAGUCUGGGUGGGGUUUUAUUAGAGGAUCCCAAACCCCUCCUGUUUAAGGACAGUUACCACAACCUGCGGCUAUCAAUCCAUGACAUUCCUCAUUCUCAUUGGAGAAGUAAACUCCUGGCUAAGUAUCAGGAAAUCCCGUUCUACCACAUUUGGAGUGGGAGUCAACGACCGUUGCAUUGCACCUUCAGUCUGGAGAGAGGAAGCCUGGUGGUUUCCCAGCUCACCUGCAAGAUCUGUGUCAGACAGGUGGAAGGGGAAGGACAGAUAUUCCAACUUAACACUGACAUCCAAGAGACUCUGCCCCCCCACUCACCAUUGCCAGCAGGCGGUUCGUGUCUGCCUUCGUCUCAAGUGGGCCCGUAUGCUUUCCGACUGCCCGUCUCCAUACGCCAGAAAAUUUGUGCCAGUCUGGAUGCUCCCAGCGCACGCGGCUGCGACUGGAGAAUGCUGGCCCGCAGGCUGGACUUCGACAGGUAUCUGAACUACUUUGCAACCAAACCCAGCCCCACAGGUGUGCUGCUAGACCUGUGGGAAGCUUGUCACCAGGGUGACGCAGACCUGGUCUCCCUAGCGACAGCUCUUGAAGAGAUGGGCAAGAGUGAGGUCUUGGUUGUCAUGACGACGGACGGAGAUUGCUGAUCGGCAAAUCAAAAAGUGCAAAAAGGGCCACUAAAUACCUAGAAUAAAUGCAAGCGGAUGGAAACUGCGUUCAGUGCAUCGUUACAACUUGCCUUUUACCUCAGUUCCUUUGUGCUCAUGCAGAAUAUUCCAAGGAUUGCGAUGCCCAUGAGCUGGGGUCGGGCGCUCUGGAUGAUCUCCGAAUAAUACAUAUCGAAAUGUAGCAAAUGUGACGAAGCUGCAAUCGCAAAACAGAGAUGUUGUUUGAAAAGGAAGGCUUGAGUUUGCUGGCACGGUUCCGAUCGGCUCAUGAUUAAAUGAUAGUUGCAUCAUACUGAUACACACUGAUUCCCUGCUACACAUACCAAGUGUGAAAGUACACGAUCAAACGCCAUUGCACAUCAAGCUGCUGGCUUUGUUUCCUAGCGACCGCUAGAUGCUUAAAGACACUGAGAUUCUGCGUCCGGUAAAACAGCAGUGCGCCAAGCUCCUCAGGAAACGUGCUUGCACACAAAUAAACAAGAGUAUAGAUGGAAACCCGGAAAACAGGCAGCCUACAAGGAGCUAAGAUCAUCUGCACUAAAAUUAGCUUUCAUGAUUUCACUUGAAACAAACCACAUGCUUCAGAGAGUUGCUUCACUUUGACUUUAGUUUGAAGCGUUAUUUUCUGUGUGUGUCUUUUGGAAUAGCAUACAGGAAUGGAUUUGUGCGUUCUCGUUAGCAGAGGACCAAACUUCUUGCUGGAUUUUUUCAUCUUUUUUCUUAUAUCUUCAUUAGCCUCUCUUUUUUACAUUCAAUCGAUUUCUGAUAAACUCAUAUUAGUUUCCUAUAGGGAACGGACUUUUUUUUAAGUUAUUAUCCCUAUUUGUGGAUUAUUGUUUUUGCAUCAUUUUGCGUCGUUGCAUUCGUCUCUGACCGAACUUAGGCAGGACUGCAGUAUAAAUAUGCAUUUAAAGGAGUAGUUCACUUCCAGAACAAAAAUUGACAGAUAAUGUUCUCACCCCUUGUCAUCCAAGAUGUUCAUGUCUUUCUUUCUUCAGUCGUAAAGAAACAGUUUUUUGAAGAAAACAUUUCAGUAUUUUUCUCCAGAUAAUGGACUGAUAUGGUGCCCCGAGUUUGAACUUCCAAAAUUUUAUUUUCAUAAAAAUAAUACAAUUUACAUACUUUUUAAUGUCAAACGCUCGAUUGUCUCACUCUGCCUGAACAGUUUUUUUUCCGGUUCAUGACAGUUAGGGUAUGUCGAAAAACUCCCAUCUCAUGUUCUCCCUCAACUUCAAAAUGGUCCUAUAUCGCUGUUUUACCUUUUUUGUUAAGGGUGUUUGAUCUUCUUUGCAUAUUUACUUUGCAAAGACUAGGUCGGUACUUCUGCAGCGAUGUAGGAUGAUUUUGAAAUGAUUUUUGAAGUUGAGGGAGAAAACACGAUUGGAGUUUUUCGACAACUGUCUUGAACCAUAAUACACAGAGUUUAGCAAGAGCAAGACGAGCAUUUGAGAUUAAAAGUAUUUAAUUUAUUUUGUUUUUUUUUAUGAAAAUAACCGAUCGUUUCGCUAGAUAAGACCUUUCUUCCUCAGCUGGGAUCAAUUACAACUGCAAUUGGGAUUGUUUGAAGCCGCAUUAAAACUGCAUUUUGGAAGUUUAAAAUUCUUCCUUCAAAAAACAAUUUCUUGACGGCUGAAGGAAGAAAGACAUGGACAUCUUGGAUGACAAGGGGGUGAGUACAUUAUCUGUAAAUUUCUGUUCUGGAAGUGGACUUCUCCUUUAAAGGUUUUGUGAUGUACUUCACAAAUAAAAUCUGACUUUUUUGGUCAUUGAAACUGAGAUGGGAUGAAAUCGAAAUGUUACGCUGAGGUUAAAUGUGCUUUGAUCCUUCUUGGGAACGCGUACUGCAGAUAUGCUGCGCUGGUUAAAUAGGAUGAAAAUUGCGCGGAUGGCAGAAAGCCCUUUUCGGGAUUUGAUGCCAGUCAGUCGUGCUGUUUAAAUUAUAAAUAGUAGCCUUGAGAGGUGGCGUAAGUGCUCUGUUGAUUGCAGUAUGACCCACUUGCUCUUUAUUGUCUGUUUUGACUUUCAGGUUUUAAUGGGUUUCCCUUGAGUAAGCCUGAAAGCCAUGUACCGCUUAUUAUCAGAAGUCAUAUAAUCAGUUGAAGUGGAUGUUGGUCCAUUUCUGUUUUUUUUUUUUUUUUUAUUUCUUGACUUUUUUCUCAAGUGUUAAAAUGUCUGGCAACAAAUAAAACAAGAAAGUGCAGUAUCUGUCCAUGCCUGUUCAGGUGUGAAUUAAAUAACUGAGGUGUGUGAGUGUGUGUGUGCUUGUGAGAGAGCUUGUUUACCCCAACCUACCAGUCAGUGCUACAGUGUAUAUGAAUGAACAGGCUUCAUCACAUCUGUUAUUCAUCGUUUCCCAUUAUAAGUACUAUGCAAGUGCACAACAAAAAGUGAAUCUGUGGACGUCUUGAUGUCUCGUGUAUGAAGUACAUGGAAUAGGAAUCUGACUACUUUCCCUCUUCUGAUCACUGCUGUAACUAAGCUGGGGGAAACUGGACCUCCUAGGCCUCUCAACCGUAAUAAAUGCAAACAAAAUGACUGUAAUUGCAGGUCAGGGAUCCAUGACCUCUGUGUCGUUCCUUCUUAUGUGUUUAGGAAGCUUUCGGGCAGUCGCUUGCGCCCUCACAAUGAACAGUUUGUCCGGAGGAUUAUUUUUAACCCUCUACGUGACGAAGGCUGCAAAGAACAUUGAAAAUCCCUGAUGGAUUCUGAACUCUGAACCUUUUAAAUGGUCGUCUCUCGGUCGAUGUUACAUGAAAACGCCUUUGAACAUGUUACAUGUAAAGCUGAAUGGGCUUUGCUUCUCUCUGGAUGGUAGUUGCUGUUUAUGGAUACUCAAGUGUGGCCGAACUUAACCUUUUUUUUUUUUCCAGAUGUUAUUUUAUAUCAAAGAAGGUACAGAAGAAGUCAUGAGGUUUUUUUUUUUUUCCAUGUA